CAACGUAAUCUAUAACAACCGCCUAUUUGACAUCACAAAAACGGUUUUUCCUCUGUAUUUGCACCACGAACAAACAUUUUGUUCAAAUAAAACUGACCACUUCGCAUACACAAAAGCAAAUAAAUGUGAGAGUCAACAAUUGCUUGCGAAUAGUAUGUCAAUUGUGCAUAAAAUGAAAUAAAACUUUAUAGCAUUUGUACAACACAACUCAGUCUCAUACCCAAGAUAAGAAUAUACGCUAUGGGCUCUUUUGUUGAUCAGCUUGAAGGUCGUGGAAGCAGAAACAAUGCUUCAAAUCUGUACAUUGACACCACAUUUAAACGGGAUGGUGAUACUUGCUCUGGUUGUGUCGUAAAUUACUGUUACUCUAAUGACGACAAUUUUCGGGCAAAUUCGAUUACGAAAGUGUGACGAAAUUGAAGUUGUUGGACAUGUGCAUCAACGAAACCCUCAGACUCUACAUGCCGAUUCUAAAGAAUACCCGAUAUUGUGAAAAAGAAAUCACUAUCAACGGUUUAACAAUUCCAGAAGGAAUGAUGAUAUGUAUUCCAUCAUAUGGACUGGCACACGAUCCUGAAUAUUGGGAUGAGCCUUAUGAAUUUAAACCCGAAAGGAUGCGGGACAUGAGCCAAAUUGACCCAAUGGUUUAUCAGCCGUUUGGGGCAGGACCACGUAAUUGUAUUGGAAUGAGAUUUGCGUUGAUGGAAGUUAAGAUGUCUCUAGCAAAACUUGUGCAUAUAUUCACAUUCAAGCCUGCUGAGGACACACCGAAACCUCCUCUGAAGAUGAUGUUUGAAUUUUCUGUGCGUCCCAAAGUUGAUUUUGACUUGGUUGCAGUACCUCGUCACACUGUUGCGACUUGAUUCCAGAGAAUUUAUGGUUGGUGCCCCCGACAAGAGUCCUCUUUGUGUAUACAUGUCAACUACUUUCUCAUCAUUUUUAAAUGCUAACAAAACAUGUUGUGUAUUUUAUUUUCCUAUAUGCAACUUUACUCACACUAUGACGUAUUCAGAAUAUAUAUUAUAUAUACUAAUUUGCAAGGUGUAAAUAACUCUGUUGCAAAUUUCAUGGCCGUCAGAUUGCAUUUUUGUCUAUGAAACAAUUAGCCCGAGAGUCUUCCACUUCAUAGUUUACCGGCACGUUUUGUAUUGUCUCGAAGACAGCUGCCUCUCUUCCGUGGCCAGGCGCAGGCCUUUCACGCCAGAGGAUGGUGUCAGCGAAAGAUAUAUAACCUUCGGGAAAGGAUUUACAUAUUUCUCCCAGGUGGAGAGGAAAGCCGCUAGGGUAGCUGCUUAAUCACAUGGCAAACCACGGCCUCUCGUCCGCUUACCAGUCCAUGUCGGGUAUAGGAUUAGUUAGCCAGUUAUUUGUUUCAGACUCCAGCCCCAGAAAAUCUUUUAUUUUUUGUGCCUAAAAUCGGGACUAUGGAAAGUAAAAGAUGUUUAAGUUAAGAAAGAAAAUUUUUAACAUAGAAUCUACUCUAACAAACUGGAAAUACAAAUGUGUGAAAGAGGAAGAGUUAUCUCUAAAAGUUUUAUACAAAGUUGAUUUUUACCAUUUUUCGAGCAGCCGAUAAGAUAAGCUAUGCUCAAACAUGUGGACACGGAGGGUAAAACUAACCUACUAGCAUCUGUGUUAGGUGCCGUGACGGUACAGUCCUAGCUUUUCCAGGUUAUGUGACUCACGGAAACAUUUGAGGUAAUAGGCUUCUAGCGCAAAAUCCACAUCCACAUUUUAACAAACAUACCAGCAAUCGUAUGAUGGAUCGCGGUCCAAGUUCUUAUCGGGAAAUGCCAAUUUUAAAAUCUGGUAUUUUCAGACUAGACAUAGGAUUAUAUUUUAUACAUAUUUAUCCCGGGGGAGA